AUGGUUCAAGGGAAACCAAUCAUGCUGGUGGCUAUGGACGAUAGUUCGCACAGUUUGUACGCCCUGGAAUGGACCCUUGAUCACUUCUUCACUCCUUUCGGCUCCAACCAUCCUUUCGAGCUCCUUGUUAUUCACGCCCGACCCCAUGCUAUUUCUGUUCUUGGACUUGGCGGACCUGCAACUGCGGAUGUUAUACCGCUAGUUGAGAUUGAUUUAAAGAAGGCAGACACUAGGAUGAUACAGAAAGUGCAGGAGUUAUGCAAGAAAAAAUCGUUGAAUAAUGUGAGUGUGGAAGUAAUAGAAGGUGAUCCAAGAAAUGUCAUGUGUGAAGCUGUAGAGAAACCUACAUUGGUAAUGGGAAGCCAUGGAUAUGGAAUUGUGAAGAGGGCGGUUUUGGGCAGCGUAAGUGACUACUAUGCUCACCAUGCUCACUUUUCUGUAAUGAUAGUGAAGAAGCCUAAGGAAAAGGUUUAAGCUAAAUCUCUGCUUUCCCAUAAGGCCGGAAAUUUAGCGGGGCUUUAGCUUUGACUUUCGCCUUUAGAUUUUGGAGCAAUAACAUUCUUCAAAUAAUUAUUGAUUUUCCUUUCUUUUGGUUCAUUUGCUUUCUCAAUUUCUUAUGGUAUUUAUGUACAAGAGUUCUUAGGUCCAAGUUUCUUAUAGACUUAAUGAAACCU